ACCCUCACUCGUUACACCCAAACACGCCCUACCCAUCUCCCCACCCUAAAACCCUAAUUAAACCCCUCUGCAACUCUUCUCCAAGCUCAAUUCAUGGCAGGCUCGAGAAGAAAGCUCAAGCGAUCACGAGCCAAAGUCAAGGUUGGGCUUCCCAAGAAGCACCCCAAUGUCUUCAAGCCUGCUUUCAACAUGCCACCUAAGCUUGUCAAGCUCCUAGACUUGUCUGAUACUCAAUGGGAUGACCAGGCCAGUGUUAUCAAGAAUUAUAAGACCUUUGGUGUUGUUUCUAACCCUAAUUUGCUUGGUGUGAGGUCUAGGCAUGAGAAGAUUAUGGAGAGUGAUGCUCUGCAAGCUCCUCCGCCCCAGAUUGAUGGCCCGGUUUCGGAGUUUGAGACGAUUGAUUCGGGGAGUGAUGUCGAAGAGGACGAUUUGAAGUCAGCCCUUGGAAAGAAGCGGAGGGACGGUAAAACUCUGCCACUGCUACCAUUGACAAAGAUGCAACGUGUUCACAUUGCUCCACUCGUGGAGAAAUAUGGAGAUGACUACCAGAGUAUGUUCAGAGAUACAAAAUUAAACAAGAUGCAGCAUUCAGUAGCAACUCUGGAGAAAUUAUGCGCAAGAUAUGUGAUGUGGAAAAACCAGAAUCCCUUACUCGUAGGAGGAAAAUAACUUGUUCGCAACAUUCAUCAAUGUACGAGAUUUUAAUCUCAGAUGUAAACUUCAACAUUUUGGUUAUAAUUUCCGAGACAGACUUAAUUCAAAUGCCAAUCAUAUGUCUGAUUUUGAUGUA